GGGUUAAGAUAGAUCUGGCGCCAGUUACGGGCAAAAUAUGGGGCGUUCUACGGCUUUGGGUAUAUUAGCUCUAAUAGCGGCAACAUAUGCACUACCAACCCCGCAACCCCAAUGCCCGUGCGAGGCGUCACAGCAACCACCAUGCCCGUGCAAUUCUUGCCCGUCCCGGCCUAGCCCGUACGAUCCCACCCCGUCGCCUUGCCCAUACGAUCCUUCUCCGUCACCUUGCCCGUAUGACCCGGGCAACCCGUUCAACCCGGGCAACCCGUCACCUUGCCCGUACUCGGGAAACCCGUCACCUUGCCCGUAUAACCCGAGCAAUCCAUUCAACCCGGGCAACCCGUUCAACCCGGGUUAUCUGUAUAACCAAAACGGGCCUACCUACCCACUGUGGAGCGGACCUAUACCCACUAGGUGUGGUGAUGGACCCAUAAAGGUGACAAGUCCCCGCAGCGAGCUGCCUGGUUCACUACAGUCUGCGGGAUUCAGGGCCAUGAGGGUUCCAGGAGGCACGUUCUUUGUGAAGGCAUCACCUAAUGUGAUAAUCCAGCUGCCGCCUAUCCUCGUGCAACCGUCACAGUUGAGCCCAAUCCAGCCACCACCGAUCGUAGUCAGACCACCACGCCAGCCCCCCGUCACCCCACCACCAGUGCUCGUUCGACCACCACGGCUACCACCAAUCACCCCUCCGCCAAUCACUGUGAGACCACCGCAGCCACCGCCAAUAUCCCCCCCACCUAUUGUAGUUCGACCACCCAGACCUGCACCAAUACAACCAGAAUCCAUCAGGGUGAAUCCACCACAGCUUCCUGAUAUUUGUCCACCACCAUUUGUUAUUAGAGUACCGCGACUACCGACGCUUCAGCCUCCUCAAAUCAGUGUACCGAUCAGUGGUUUUAGAAAUAACCCGUGUAACCGUUUUAUCCCGUUUAGCCCAUGCGAUGGUUUACCUUUAAGCCCUUUCCCAUGCAACCCGAGCAAUCCGUGCAACCCAUGCAACCCUUGUAACCCAUUAAGCCCAAGCAACCCGUGCAAUCCAUGCCCAAGUCCAUGUGACCCAAGCAACCCAUGCCCGAGUCCGUGUAACCCUUGCAAUCCAUACCCGAGUCCAUGCGACCCGGGCAAUCUAUACCCGAGUCCGUGCGACCCGUGCAACCCAUGUCCGAGCCCGUGCGACCCGGUUAACCCAUGUCCGAGCCCAUGCGACCCGGGCAACCCUUGUCCGAGCCCAUGCGACCCGGGCAAUCCAUGUCCGAGCCCGUGCGAUCCGAGCGAUCCAUGCCCGAGCCCAUGCGACCCUCCAUGUGGUCCGUGCGAUCCGUGCCCAUGCCCCCCAUUAUAUUAAAACGCCAAAUUAUAUCCAUUUUUUAAUUACAUUGAAAUUAUAGCUUAGUAAUCUGUUCAAUGUCAAAGAUAUUCGAGAAUACAUAUGUAAUGAAAUUAAUUACUCUUAAGUACUUUAAAUGUCGACAGGUCACAACCAAACCUCACUAAUUGUAAAAAAAUAAUUAAACUAUUAUCAAUUUAAUGUUAUUACUAGUACGGUUCAAAAUUACCCUGAAAUUGUGAUAGGUACGUAGUAAAGAGCGAUUAUUUGUUGUCACGUGGGCUAAGGUGGACGACUCUUAUAUCAUUUGUCACUAUGCCUGACACCUUCGUACAAGUAUUAUAAGUGCGAAAGUGACGCGUGACAUGACAGGUGAUAAAAAUGCGACCAUCAUACCGCUGCUAGCGA